AUGGUUUGUCCCACAACGCCAGAUGGAAGCGGAAAGGACUGCAGUUCGAUGCAAGCAUUGCAGCACUACGGGUUGCAAAUAUUAUUCCGAUUUUCUCAAUUGGCAACAUUCACCAUCCCGAUAUCGAACAAGUAUGUGCUUCCAGCCAGUCACCUGGAAGUCACAGAGAGGUCAUCGGAGUUGGCGCGACAACAGACCAGAAUUUCAAUUUCUUUCUUCUCCCUCUUUGGACCAGCAGUGGAUGGUCGAAUCAAACCAGAUAUUUCCGCUCCAGGUUUAAGCGUAGGGUCUGCAAGUCAUACGGCAGAUAAUGAAUAUUUAAUCGCGUCAGGCACGAGUAUGGCGUCUCCGCCUUUUGCUGGACUUGCAGCUCUAUUGUUAGCCUUUAAGCCAUCAUUGACUUACUUAGAUAUUGUGUACUACUUGACGCAGGGUGCUGAACGCAAUUUAGUAUUUUUGUGGUGGAAUUCCGAGCAAUCAGCUUUACAACAAUAUAUUCGGUCAAGGGCGAAUUAA